AUGCGCUCCUCGUUUUUGGUGUUAAUAAUAGUGUCAGUUAUUUUGAACAAUGUUGAAUGUGAUAUGUAUUCAUGUGUCCAAACAUUUGGCUCUAACACAUAUGACUUAAAUCGUUUAAGUCAAUUUACAUUAUUGGGAAUCGAUGAUCAAUAUGAUUAUGCUUUUACACCGUGCUCUCUCGUACCAUCGAUAGCAUGCCAUGGUCAUAUAGUUGAGAAUGAAAUGAGCUGUCAAUAUGAUCGCUCAUUUCAAAUGUGGUCUACAAUGUCGUUUUUAGAUAGUAAAUCACGAUGGCCUCCGAAUGCGAAUGCAACAUAUACGGAAAGCCCGGAUGGACCAGGAACAGGCAUUGUUAUGACAACGACAAAUGGUGAUCCAUGUUUUGGUGUCACUCGUUAUAUGAGAAUAAAAUUUAUUUGCGAUAGAACCGUUGAACAACCAAUGAAUAUGACUAUUGUAGAAGAGAUAAGAUGCGACUUUCACGUUAACAUUCGAGCUGCGCAAGCUUGUCCUCGAAAUCAGUAG